GUACACCAAGAGAUGGCGACCCUUAAAAAUCUUCUUUAGAUUUUAUGCCCGUCCACAGAAUAUCCUUCCACGGUUCCGACUCCACGGGGCUCAACUCUGCUGCACGUGUCGCCGGCCGCCAGUACUUCUCAUCGCUCCGUUUAAGCAGCAGCUGCAGCAGCAGCUGCAGCAGCAGCAGCAAAAAAGCUGAAGCAGGGAAGAAGAAGAGAUGACCAUGACGUGGGCCAGGGUGGGGAAGUCGGCGCAAGGAUUGGCAGCGCGCUCUCUCCUACUCUGCUUCACUGUCUUUCUCGCUCUCAAGAUCGACAAAUCCCUUUCCUUCUGCUGGUGGUUUGUUUUUGUUCCUCUAUGGUUGUUUCAUGUGGCUAUCGCACGGCAUAGAUUCUCCUUACCCGCUCCAUUAUUACCCCAUGGUCGCCAGUGGGCUCCUUGUCAUGCUGUUGUUGCAACGCCAUUGCUUGUUUCAUUUGAGCUACUUAUUUGCAUUUACCUCGAGAACAUUGAUGCUGGUAGCAAACCAGUCAUGGACUUAAAAGUUGUCUUUCUUCCCCUUUUGGCUUUUGAGAUCACGGUCCUUAUCGACAAUUUCAGGACAUGCAGGAAUUUGAUCCCAGCAGACGAAGAACCCGUGUGCAGUGAAGUUAUUUACGAAACACUUCCACACUUUUGGGUUGCGAUCUCAAUGGUGUUUUUGGUAGCCACUACUUCUUUCGUGCUUCUUAAGCUAUGUGGAGAUGUUGAUGCCUUAGGGUGGUGGGAGUUAUUUAUCACCUUAGGCAUUGCAGAAUCCUUUGCCUUUCUUGUUUGUACAAAGUGGCUUAAUCCACUAUUGCAUAGAUCAUUCCUCAUUGGUGAUGCAAGUUCGCCCUCUACGAUAGAUGGAUAUCAUAGUUUGAUCAGUGGCCUUCCCUCUUCUAUGGAAAGACAUAAUGAAGAUAGAGUAUGUGGCUUGCAAGAUAUAGGAAGCCAUGUGAUGAAAGUUCCAGUUGUAGUUUUUCAAAUUCUCUUGUGCAUGCGUUUAGAGGGGACACCGCCUGCUGCUAAAGAUAUUCCUAUUGUUCAACUUUUCUCGCUCAUAUAUAUAGUGCAAGGCCUUGGAAUCUUAUUUGCCACAUGGAGAUUGUUGGAGAAGCUCUUCAUUUUGCUAAGGAGGGGAUCACUUCCAGUAAGAUAUGAUACAAUGUCAAGGAAAGCAUACAAUUUAUUUGCAAGCAUCCAUCAUGGUUCAAGGCUACUUGGUUGGUGGUGUACCGAUGAAAGAAGCAAAGAAGAGCAAGCAUAUCUAGUUUCCGCUGGGUCCAAUGGAUACGAUACCUUUUGUGGCUAUUCUCCUGAUGUGGUGAAGAAAAUGACCAAGAAAGAUCUCACUCAAGAGGUUUGGCGACUUCAAGCGGCUUUGGGAGAACAAACUGAAAUCUCAAAUUGUGCUCAAAAGGAGUAUGAAAAAUUCCAAAAUGAGAAGGUUCUUUGUAGGAUUUGCUUCGAGGAGGAGAUCUGUGUUGUCCUUAUUCCCUGUCGGCACCACAUACUAUGCAAGUCCUGCUCUGAGAAGUGUAAUAAAUGUCCCGUUUGUCGUGUUGUCAUUGAGGAAUGGAUGCAGCUAUGUCAAGUAUGAUCACACCAAGAACAAAAAGAGCUUAGCUUAAUUGCAGUCUGACUUCACGUUCCUAUAUGGUAUGGUUUUAUACAAAUUAGAUUAGUCGUGUUUUGAGUUGAUACCCUCCCUGUAAUCUUCCUUCCCCACACAAAAGGCCUCUCUUUUCGUUAUGUUAUAUAAAAGCUUACUUCAGUUGAUGAAACAGCAACAUGUAAAUCUCUUUCUAAUGUCCACAGCUGUUAGUAAUUUGUUCA